AUGCUCAAUCGCCAGCUCUCAUUGCUGGCCCUCUCUCUCGGAGCAGCAUCAACAGCAGUUGCCCAGACACACAAAGCGGGCUCGUUUGAGGAUGGUGGCCACACUCAGGUCAGCGCCAUGAUGAUGUUCUUGGGCAACCUCAACAAGGUCUACAUCCUGGACAAGUCCGAGGCCAAUGCCGCCAAGUUUGGCAACUAUCCCGCCAUGGGUGCCGUCUACGACAUUGCAUCGCGCCAAGCGACGACAAUGUCCGUCACCACCAACGUCUUCUGCGCAUCCGGCAUGCAUCUGCCAAACGGUUCAUUUGCCACCUUCGGUGGUAAUGGUGCCGUCGGCCCCGGCGGUAACAUCGGUGACGUCACGCCUCCCGGUAACCCCUACACCGCAACUUUCGACACGACCUUCGGUGACUUUGACGGCACCAAGUCGAUCCGUAUCCUCGACCCGUGUGACGACGGCGACGAUUUCUCAUCACCCAACUGCCAAUGGUUCGACAACGCGUCCCUCCUCUCCAUGCAGGUUCAGCGUUGGUACUCCGCCGCGGAGCCUAUGGGCAACGGUACGAUCGUCCUCAUCGGCGGUUUCUCGAACGGUGGCUACAUCAACCGGAACUACCCCAACGUGGACCCUGCUUUCGAGGGUGGUGCCGCGACACCGACGUAUGAGUUCUUCCCCUCGAACGGCCAGACACCUCAGACCAUGAACUUCAUGAUCAAGACCUCUGGUCUGAACGCGUACGCGCACACGUUCCUCAUGCCGUCAGGCAAGAUGCUCGUCCAGGCGAACUACUCGACGAUGCUCUGGGAUCCCGAGACGAACACGGAGACUGACCUUCCUGACAUGCCCGAUCAGAUCGUUCGUGUCUACCCUGCUUCCGGCGGUGUUGCCAUGCUUCCCUUGACCCCCGAAAACAACUACACGCCGACCGUCAUCUUCUGCGGUGGUUCGAACAUGACCGACUUCCAGUGGGGUAACUACUCCUGGCCCUUUGAGGACACCUGGAACGUUCCCGCGUCGAACAAGUGCCAUACGAUCACCCCCGAGCCGACUGACGGCUCUGUAGUUGAAUACGUUGAGGAUGAUGACAUGAUCGUCGGUCGUACCAUGGGUCAAUUCAUUGCCCUCCCCGACCAGACUCUCCUGAUCGUCAACGGUGGCGCGAACGGUACUGCGGGUUACUCUACUCGUACACUCAACACCCUCAAUCCGCCGUACGGCAUGUCUCUUGCUGCUGCGCCCGUUGGUCAACCUGCUAUCUACAACCCUCGCGCGCCGAAAGGUUCGCGUUGGUCUAACGCUGGCUUUGACACGUCGAGCAUCGCGCGCCUCUACCACUCGUCUGCCAUCUUGCUCCCUGAUGCGUCCGUACUCAUCGCUGGUUCCAACCCCAACGUCGAUGUCAACACCACCACCGUCUUCCCUACCACCUACCAGGCCGAGGUCUUCUACCCAUCGUACUUCGCUGCUACGAACCGCCCCACGUUCACUGGCGCUCCCAAGACCUUGUCGUACGGUGGUAACUCGUUCGACCUGACUGUGCCUUCUUCCGCGUACUCGGGCUCCGCCAACAACGCUGCGGAUAACACCACCGUUGUCCUCGUCCGUGGUGGCUGGACUACCCACGCGAUGAACAUGGGUCAGCGUAUCAUGCAGCUCAACAACACGUACACGGUCAACAGCGACGGCUCGAUCACCCUCCACGUCGCUCAGCUCCCUCCCAACCCCAACCUAUUCCAGCCCGGCCCGGCUAUGCUCUUUGUCACUGUGGCCGGCAUCCCCUCCAACGCCUCGUGGGUCACCAUCGGCACCGGCAACAUCGAGACUCAGCCAACGCAAGCCGCCUCCGUCCUUCCCGCCUCAAGCCGUCUCGACGGUGUGUCCGGCAGCGGUGCAGGUAACAACAACGGCAACAGUAGCUCGUCCGGCAACAAGGCCAACAGCGCGUCGUCGUCACACACCGGCGCUCUGGUGGGUGGGAUCAUCGCGGCGAUUGCGGCCGUUGGCAUUCUCGGUGCGGUUUUCGGAAUUUGUAUGGCGCGGCGCCGGCGCGCAGCCGCGCGUCAGGCGUCGUCGCUCUCGUACCCUAUGAGCUCGGCGCCUGGCGGGGCGGCUGGGUCUCGGACGGCGGGCGGGCUUGGGGCAGGAUACAGAGGUUCUGACUCGAGCGCUUUCGUGCCGUUGCAGGGUAACGAGAGCACGACGUGGGGCCCGGGGCCCAACAUGCACGCCGCGGGGGCGAGCGCGGUGAACCUGCACACGCCAAGUUCGCCGUACUUUGACGACCCGCGGAGCAACAGUACGGAGUUCGACCCGUACCACCAGAACGUGCCGAGGAUGAGCGCGGACCAGAGGAGAGGGCCUUAUUGA